AUGUAUCCUAGCGCGGGCGCGAUGAACGCCGCCGCCGCCGCUGCUGCCGUGGCGGCCGCCAGGCAUCCGGGUCCACCGCAACCCGGGCAACCGAUCAAAUUCACGGUGGGUGAAUCGUGUGACCGGAUCAAAGAGGAAUUUAAUUUUCUUCAGGCUCAAUAUCACAAUUUAAAAUUAGAGUGUGAGAAACUGGCCAGUGAAAAAAUUGAAAUACAAAGGCAUUAUGUUAUGUAUUACGAAAUGUCGUACGGACUCAAUGUGGAAAUGCACAAACAGACGGAGAUUGCGAAGAGAUUAAAUGCAAUAAUUGCCCAAAUACUACCAUUCCUCUCACAAGAACACCAACAGCAAGUUGCUUCAGCCGUGGAGAGAGCGAAACAGGUCACCAUGACUGAACUUAACGCCAUUAUUGGGCAACAAAGGCCUGACCUCCCUCGGCUACUGCAGCAAAUGCAUGCAGCACAUUUACCUGCACACGGGGCGCCACCACUGCCACUGCUAGGCCAGGGUGCCCUUCCGCCAGCGGGUCUCUUGGGCCUCGGCGUGCCUCACCAUCCCCUUUCCGUACUCGCGAAACCUCCAGACAUACACCGACCGGACGAUAAAGGCAACGGUAUCAGUUCAGCAGAAGAACGGCAUAGAAAUUCCAUAUCUCCGGGAGAAAGGGAAAAAUACCGAACAAGAAGUCCAGCAGAGCCUGAUCAUAAAAAACUAAAAAAGGAGGAAAAGGAUAUGGGCCAUGAAUUGGUAGUUGACGACGCAAGCGAAGAACCGACGUCUCCUCACAAUGGGGCGCCUUCGCCGCGGGAAAACGGAUUAGAUAAACUACAACCUAAGAAAGAACACCCACCACAUAGCCCUAGAUCAGGUACAUCGAGUAACGCAUCAACGCCAUCAGCAAAAAAAUUAGAUGAGAAGCCAAGCACGCCAAUCUCGAAACCAGUUACUCCAACUUCCGGUGCCAGUGGGGUUGGUGCCGCGGGAGCUCCCCUAAAAGCCGCAGUCAAACCUCCAGCACUUCAGUAUCCGUACUUAGGCAAUGGAGCACAUGACGCAUACGGCCUUGCGGGCUACUCUGCUAGGGCGGCGCUCGCGUACGAACCUCUACGUCCCCCCAUCGGCCCGGCUGCAUUAGCACCUAUACCGGGCGGCAAACCAGCUUACUCAUUCCACGUAUCCGCCGAAGGACAGAUGCAGCCCGUGCCCUUUCCCCCCGACGCGCUAAUGGGUCCGGGGAUUCCCCGACACGCGCGACAAGUGUCAGCAUUAGCGCACGGUGAAGUCGUAUGCGCAGUUACAGUCUCCUCGCCUACUAAAUAUGUAUACACUGGAGGCAAGGGGUGCGUCAAAGUAUGGGACAUAAGUCAGCCUAGCAAGGCGCCGGUCAGCCAGCUGGAUUGCUUGCAAAGGGACAAUUACAUAAGAUCAGUGAAGCUUCUGCCCGACGGACGUACACUUAUCGUUGGGGGUGAAGCGUCGAACCUUUCUAUAUGGGACUUGGCGUCACCAACGCCGCGUAUAAAGGCCGAGCUAACUUCCUCCGCGCCCGCCUGCUACGCGCUGGCUAUUAGCCCAGACUCUAAGGUUUGCUUUAGCUGUUGUUCGGACGGCAACAUCGCAGUAUGGGAUCUCCACAAUCAGACGCUUGUGCGACAAUUCCAAGGGCACACAGACGGCGCUUCCUGCAUUGAUAUAUCAGCAGAUGGCACUAAGUUAUGGACCGGUGGACUCGAUAACACUGUCAGAUCUUGGGAUUUAAGAGAAGGAAGACAAUUACAACAACAUGACUUCAGUUCACAAAUAUUCUCAUUAGGAUAUUGUCCAACAGGCGAAUGGCUAGCGGUAGGCAUGGAGAACAGCAACGUGGAAGUGCUACACGCGGUGAAGCCCGACAAGUACCAGCUGCACCUCCACGAGUCCUGCGUGCUGUCGCUGCGCUUCGCCUCCUGCGGCAAGUGGUUCGUGUCCACCGGCAAGGACAACCUGCUGAAUGCGUGGCGCACUCCUUAUGGUGCCAGUAUAUUCCAAUCAAAGGAAUCAUCAUCGGUGCUUAGUUGCGACAUCUCAUCGGACGACAAGUACAUAGUGACGGGCUCCGGCGACAAGAAGGCCACAGUGUACGAAGUGAUCUAC